ACCAGCGACAAGGCCCAGUUUCUGCUUGGGCCGGAGCCGGACUGCUGCAAACGCUCUGUAUAAAACGUUACGUUUCACAGAGUCUAAAAUAAUUUGUAUCGGUGCAGGGCGAAACAGUUGAUUUCGGCGGGUGAAAAAUGGGGAAGAAAACCAAGAAGCCUGGAAAAGGCAAAGAGAAGACUGAAAAGAAAACACUGAAAGCUGAAGAGAAGAAAGCUCGGAGAGAAUCCAAAAAACUCUCUCCUGAAGAUGACAUCGAUGCUAUACUGUUGAAUAUACAAAAAGAGGAAUCGAAGAAGAAAGAAGUUCAUGUUGAAGAUAAUGUGCCUGCGCCGUCUCCUCGAUCCAAUUGCUCGUUAUGUAUUAAUCCUUUAAAAGAGACGGAAUUGAUAUUAUACGGUGGCGAAUUUUACAACGGCAACAAGACAUAUGUAUAUGGUGAUCUUUAUCGCUACGAUGUUGACAAGAAUGAGUGGAAAUUAAUAUCUAGCCCUAACAGCCCACCUCCUCGUAGUGCUCAUCAGGCUGUUGCCUGGAAGAACUAUCUUUAUAUAUAUGGUGGUGAAUUUACCUCUCCUAAUCAAGAGCGUUUCCACCACUACAAGGACUUCUGGAUGUUGGACUUGAAAACCAAUCAAUGGGAACAACUAAAUUAUAAGGGAUGUCCUAGUCCUCGCUCAGGUCAUCGAAUGGUAUUGUACAAGCACAAGAUAAUCCUAUUUGGAGGCUUCUAUGAUACUCUUAGAGAAGUGAGGUACCACAAUGAUUUGCAUGUAUUUGACCUGGAUCAAUUUAAGUGGCAAGAGAUAAAACCUACUCCUGGAUGCAUGUGGCCCAGCGCUCGGAGUGGAUUCCAGUUUCUGGUUUAUCAAGAUGAGAUAUACUUAUACGGUGGCUAUUCUAAGGAGGUUUCUUCUGACAAGAACAGCUCUUCUGAGAAAGGAAUUGUUCAUUCGGACAUGUGGUCUCUUGACCCUAGGACUUGGGAAUGGAAUAAGGUAAAGAAAAGCGGAAUGCCUCCUGCCCCUCGUGCCAGCUUCUCAAUGUGUGUCCAUAAAAAGCGAGCUGUGUUGUUUGGGGGUGUGGUGGAUGUAGAAGGGGAAGGUGAUGUAAUGAUGAGCUUGUUUCUAAACGAGCUGUAUGGCUUCCAAUUAGAUAACCAUCGCUGGUAUCCACUGGAGCUACGGAAGGAGAAGUCUACAAAAGACAAGAUAAAAAGGAAUACAGACGAGAAACUUAGUGGUGGUUCUCUUGACAGUAAGGCUAGUCUGAUCAAGCCUGUAAAUGGUGCAGCAAAUGAUAAAGAGGAGAAGUUAAAUUACAACGAACCUAUGGACAUUGAUUGCAACAUCGGUGAAAUGUCUAUAGAUCUAGAAAAAAAUGUGAGUUUCGAGGAUUGUGAUGUUGUAUCUAUUACAUCUGAUGGGAAGGCGAAUGAAUUAUGUGCUAAAGUUUCAAAGCAAAACUCUGCAGUUCAAGAGGUAGUGAAACCCUGUGGACGUAUCAAUUCUUGUAUGGUUGUCGGAAGGGAUACCCUGUACGUGUAUGGAGGUAUGAUGGAAGUUAGGGAUCGUGAAAUUACACUUGAUGAUUUAUAUGCUCUUAAUCUCAGUAAACUUGACGAGUGGAAGUGCCUCAUAGCGGCAUCUGAAUCUGAGUGGGUUGAAGCCUCUGAAGAUGAAGAUGAAGAUGAGGAUGAAGAUGACGAUGAGGAUGAGGAUGAUGAGGACAACAGUGAAUCUGAUAGUGACGACAUGGAGGAUGACGACGAUGAUGAUAAUGGUGUCGAGGUAAAAGCUAGCUUAGGCGGGUCAACUUCACUUGACGUGGGAGAUGCUGUAUCUGUUAUCAAAGGAGGGAAGAAGCUUCGUCGGAAGGAGAAAAGAGCUCGUAUUGAGCAAAUCAGAGCAAGUCUUGGCCUUUCUGAUGCACAGAGGACGCCAACGCCUGGAGAAUCCUUGAAGGACUUUUAUAGACGUACAAACCUGUACUGGCAAAUGGCAGCUUACGAACAUACCGCACACACGGGAAAGGAGCUCCGAAAAGAUGGUUUUGAUUUUGCCGAGUCUCGAUACAAGGAACUUAAACCCAUACUUGAUGAGCUGGCUGUUUUGGAAGCUGAGCAAAAAGCUGAGGAGGAGGAAGGACCUGAAACUAGUUCACGAAAGAGAGGCAACAAGAAAAAUAAGGCUGCCGCAACAAAAAAGUAGUUUUGCUUCCAUAUUAUGCUGUCAUUAGAUGUAUAUGCACAACCUGCUGGUUACUUUGAUAAUUAUAAGUGAACAUUGUACAUGGGAUUCCACCCCAGUUUUGAAACUCUUUGAUUGUUGUCCCUGGGCAAACGUGGCUUGGCAUUUGGCAACUUUGUUUUUGACUUUUUGUAAAUUAGGUCAUAGUUAAUCUUGUCACUAGUCAUAACUGAACAUUUGUCAUGGGAAUAGACUGCAAAUUUAAUACAUUUGAGAACUUGCUUUGCAA